CGGCGGAGCUCAUGGCCCGAGGCGCCCCGGGGCACAGGCGGGGCGGGGCGGUGCCGUCGCUCUCCCGCCCCCGCGGGCGGAGCCGGGCACGGCCGACAAGAUGGCGGCGGCGCUGAGGGCGCGCUCGGUGCGGGGGCUGGCUGCGGCGGCUCUGCCGGGCCUCGCUUUCACUCGUUCCGCGUUUGUUGCGAGAAAACCUAACUAUGCCCAACCAAACUGGCUGGGAGUCGGCUUGGCGUUUGGCACCUCUGCUGCCUUGUGGGCUUUUCUUAUCAAGCAGCAUAAUGAAGAUGUAAUGGAAUAUGAAAGAAGACAAAAAGAGGGUCACCAUAAGUGUACAGGAUGCUCAUAGUUGAUGAUAUGCUCAGAGGUAACAGGAUCACCGGUUGUCUUACAAAUAAGUGAGCACAGCGGGAGUACAGAGUUAUGUAAUUACUUGUAUGUUCAUACAUUUCAUGUGCAUAAAUAUGAAAUAAAUUAUAAAGCCUAGAAGAAA